UAUAGCCUAAUACAAUUUCAUGUUUGCAGGAGCCUUUGCUGAUACAGCUGAGGGACCGUCUGUUGGCCAGGCUUAAUGGCAUACUGGGACAGCCUGUUGACCUGGAUUAUUUCCAGUUCAUUAUGAAUCAGGAGGCGUUUAUAUGGACAUCCGCGUCCACCGUCACCCCUGUACCUGAUGUACUGGAGUGCAUUGUAAACCUCCAGGAAAAGUUGAAUUCGGCCCUUACUCCUGUUCCACGGGCAAUGGUGCUACUGGAACCGCCACAGUACGGAAGAGGACGCCCGAGGAUGACAAUUUCUGAGGACGCAUUGGCCCGUUUUAGUAAGAUGGGCUUACCAAUAACUACAAUUGCGCGCAUGUUGGGGGUGAGUGCGAAAACGGUGUCCAGGAGAAUGCGCGAUCUUGGAUUCUCUGGUGCCAGAGCCUCAUACAGCGAAAUGACGGAUGAUGAGCUUGAUCAUGCAGUACGGAGAGUUAAAGCAAGACUGCCAAAUGCCGGGUACAGAAUGGUGAAAGGCUGCCUCCGAGCAGAGGGACACAAAGUCCAGUGGGAACGGGUGGCUCAGUCCAUGCACCGGGUCGAUGCUGACGGGGUGUUCCACAGAAUGAUGCAGCUUGGGUGCAUUGUCAGAAGAACCUACUGUGUCCGCCGUCCAUUGUCCUUGGUCCACAUGGACACUAACCACAAGCUGAUACGGUACAACAUUGUGAUAUUCGGGGCAAUCGACGGCUAUUCUAGAAAGGGUCAGAGGUGAUGAAGGUGUUGAAAAUGUGGCAGUAGCUGAAGCUAUGUUCAGCGUGAAAGGCACUGGAAGAGGUAGCUUCAUAGCUGGAAAGAGCGUUCACAACCAAAGAAUUGAGCGACUGUGGCGAGAUGUCUGGGUCAGCGCCACUCAGCUGUUCUAUGAGGUGCUUCACAGUC